AUGGGCGGCGGCGGCUCGGCCCUGAGGGUCUGCGCCGACCACCGGGGCGGCAUCAACUGGCUCAGCCUGAGCCCGGACGGGCAGCGCCUGCUGACCGGCAGCGAGGACGGCACGGCCCGGCUCUGGAGCACCGCGGACGGCCGGUGCUGCGCCCUCUUCCAAGGACAUGAAAGCUACGUGACUUUCUGCCAAUUGGAGAGGGGAGCUGCCUUCACAUGCAGCGCUGACCACACCAUCAGGAAGUGGGACGUGCUGACUGGCCAGUGUCUGGCCAUUUACCGAGGACACACAUCCAUUGUGAAUAGGAUACUAGUGGCUGACAACCACCUCUUCAGUGGCUCCUAUGACCGGACUGCCCGCUGCUGGAGCGUUGACAAGGGGCAGAUGCUGCAGGAGUUCCAGGGCCACCACAACUGUGUCCUGACCCUCGCCUACUGUGCCCCUGAGGACCUCCGUGGUGGCCCCAGCCAGCAGGACAAGGGUGUGGCCCGAGGGCUGCUGGUGACAGGCAGCACUGAUGGCACGGCUAAGGUGUGGCAGGUGGCCAGCGGUUGCUGCCACCAGACCCUCAGGGGCCACACAGGUGCUGUGCUGUGCCUGGCUCUAGACACACACUGCCACAUGGCCUUCACGGGCAGCACCGAUGGCACCGUCCGCGCCUGGGACAUCCUGACCGGGGGGCAGCUGCGAGUGUUCCGGGAGCACCAGGGUUCAGUCAUCUGUCUGGAGCUUGUGAACCGGCACGUGUACUCUGGCAGCGCCGACAGGACGGUCAAGUGCUGGCUGGCAGACACGGGGGAAUGUGUGCACGUCUUCAAGGCCCACAGACACAGCGUGAGCGCCCUCAAGUACCAUGCCGGCACCUUGUUUACGGGCAGUGGAGAUGCCCGCGCCCGCGCCUUUAACGCCCAGUCGGGAGCACUGCAGAGGGUGUUUCGGGGCCACGACUUCAUCAUCAACUGCAUCCAGGUGCACGAGCAGGUGCUCUACACGGCCUCGCAUGACGGCUCGCUGCGCCUGUGGGACGUGCGGGGGCUCCCCAAAGCCGGCUGCUCACGGCGCUUUCACAACCGGGUGGGCUGCGCGGAGGAGGUGCUGCAGCCGGUGCUGCCCUGAGCGCGGAGAACUGAGCCGGAGAGAAGAGGAGCCGGGACACUGGAUAAGACGUGGACACUCUUCCGUGGUUUCCUUCCGUGUCCCCCUGGUGCGGUGGGGGCUUUAACGAAGCCCGCUGUCGUCAGCGGCUGCAGCCACCUCCCUGAUGGGAGGGCUUCAUGGGAAGGACCCAGAUACACUCAACGAAAGGAACUCCCCUGGGGAGGAACCUCCCCAUUCUGCCUCCUCAUCUCCUGCACCCAGAGGUCCCAUGCCCUCAAGCCGUGUCACCCAGGGCACUCCCAACUCUGGAUGGUCACCAUCCUGAGAGCUGUCCUGCUGUGGGGACCCCUGACCCCUCAACUCUUGAACCCUGAUGAAGCCACCUCUUUGCUACGGAGGGGAGAUGGGGCCUUUAAAAAAAACAUACAAAAGCCACUGAGCCACACGGAUGUUUUCAUUCGGGCGAACUGCCAUGGGGAUGUUUGUGGAGAACUGAAAUACAUCUGCUUACACGUGCUUUUCAA